AAGAAAAUGGAUUGCACUCUCUUCAAGAAUUUCACAUUAAGGACUUCAGUACAUGCUGAAAAAGAGAGGAUUACUUGGAAAGCAACUAGUCGAUUUAUGAUUCUGGAGAAUGCAUUUUACUCAGUAACAGACCCUGACGGUUCGUUUCAUGGGGUGGAGUUUCUCCCAGAAAAUUUCAGAGAUGCCUCUAAUGAAACAACAAUGAGGAUGAAUGAGAAAUACUCCACAUUACCUGCCGAGGAGAAGGGAAUCCACAUCAUCAACAUCAGAGCUAUUGAAGACAUCGGCUAUGUUCGGACAGAAAGUACGCUAUUAAAUUCAUUCUCACAAGAUCCAGAUGCCAACUGCAAAUAUGGACUUUUUUUUAGAGAUGGGAAAAGAAAAGUGGAUUAUAUUCUGGUUUACCACUACAAGAAGUCCUCAUUUAGUAGGACACUCACUCGGCGAAUCCAUUUCAAUGAUUUGGCGCCUCGAAGUGUUAAGCAAGAUAAACCACUUCCUGGAAAAGGAGGGCAGCUUAGCAUGGAUGAAAGCGUACCUCACAUGGAUUAUCAUGAAGAUGACAAGAGAUUCCGCAGAGAAGAAUAUGAAAGCAACCUUAUGCAGGCUGGUCUUGAGCUAGAAAGAGAUGAAGAUACAAAAAUACAUGGUCUUGGAUUUAUAAAAAUUCAUGCUCCUUGGAAUGUUUUGUGCCGCGAAGCAGAGUUUAUGAAACUGAAGAUGCCCACAAAAAAGGUGUAUCAAAUUCAUCAACCUCAUGGCCUUUUGAAAAAGAUCAAUUCUGUAAUCCAAAAAAUAACAGAACCCAUUCAACCUAAAGUAGCAGAACAUAAGCAUCAGACAGUGAAACGACUUUCCUAUCCUUUCUCAAGGGAGAAGCAACACUUGUUUGACCUCUCUGAUAAAGACUUCUUUUUUGAUAGCAAAACUAGAAGUACCAUAGUUUAUGAAAUACUGAAAAGAACUACAUGCACCAAAGCCAAGUAUAGCAUGGGGAUCACCAGUCUACUUGCCAAUAGUGUUUACAGUGCUGCAUAUCCCUUGCAUGAUGGUGAUUAUGAAGGUGAAUAUAUUGAGCCUAAUGACAGAAAACUCCUGUGUGAAGAAUGGGCAAGUUAUGGAGUAUUUUAUAAAUAUCAACCAAUUGACCUAGUUAGGAAGUACUUUGGUGAAAAGAUUGGACUAUACUUUGCCUGGCUGGGAGUUUAUACACAAAUGCUCAUUCCAGCUUCUAUUGUGGGAAUUAUCGUGUUCCUUUAUGGUUGUGCAACUGUUGAUGAGAAUAUACCAAGCAUGGAGAUGUGUGACCAGAGAAACAACAUCACCAUGUGCCCCUUAUGUGACAAAACAUGUAGCUAUUGGAAAUUGAGCUCUGCUUGUGCCACUGCUCGGGCUAGCCAUCUUUUUGAUAAUCCAGCCACUGUCUUCUUCUCAGUCUUCAUGGCUCUCUGGGCUGCUACCUUUAUGGAACACUGGAAGAGAAAACAGAUGCGUCUGAUUUACAAAUGGGAUCUUACUGGUUUUGAAGAAGAAGAAGAGGCAGUCAAGGAUCACCCAAGAGCUGAAUAUGAAGCAAAAGUAUUAGAAAAAUCUCUCAAGAAAGAAUACAGAAAUAAAGAGAAGGGCCAGCAAUUGCCAGAAGAGGCAGCUAACAAAUGGCGACAAAGAGUUAAGAGAGUCAUGGCUGGGGUGAAAUUGACUGAAAAAGAAAAACUGACAUGGAAAGAUCGUUUCCCAGCAUACUUCACAAAUUUUGUGAGCAUUAUUUUCAUGAUUGGGCUGACAUUUGCUAUUGUUUUUGGGGUUAUUAUAUACCGAAUCUCCACUGCAGCAGCUUUAGCCAUCAACUCCUCUCCAGGAGGCAGGUCGAAUGUUAGAGUGACUGUCACAGCGACUGCAGUAAUUAUUAAUUUGGUGGUGAUAAUAAUCUUGGAUGAAGUAUAUGGCUGCAUAGCUAGAUGGCUGACUCAAAUUGAGGUACCAAAAACAGACAAAAGUUUUGAAGAACGACUUAUCUUCAAGGCCUUCCUUCUGAAAUUUGUUAAUGCUUACACUCCCAUUUUCUACGUUGCUUUCUUCAAGGGCCGAUUUGUUGGACGCCCAGGAGAUUAUGUCUACAUUUUUCAUUCUUUUCGAAUGGAAGAGUGUGCUCCUGGUGGUUGCCUGAUGGAAUUGUGUAUACAACUUAGCAUUAUAAUGUUGGGCAAACAGCUGAUUCAGAAUAAUCUUUUUGAAAUUGGCAUCCCGAAAAUGAAAAAAUUUAUAAGGUACUUGAAGCUGAAAAGACAAAGUCCUGUAGAUCAUGAAGAGUAUAUGAAGAAAAACCAGCGUUAUGAAGUAGAUUAUAAUCUGGAACCUUUUGCUGGACUUACUCCAGAAUACAUGGAAAUGAUAAUCCAGUUUGGUUUUGUAACCCUGUUUGUUGCAUCCUUCCCAUUGGCUCCCUUGUUUGCAUUGCUAAAUAAUAUCAUCGAGAUACGUCUGGAUGCAAAGAAAUUUGUUACUGAGCUUAGGAGGCCAGUUGCAGUGAGAGCUAAAGAUAUAGGAAUAUGGUAUAAUAUCCUCAGAGGGGUAGGAAAAUUGGCUGUGAUUAUAAAUGCAUUUGUGAUCUCAUUCACAUCUGACUUCAUUCCACGCCUCGUGUACCUGUAUAUGUACAGUGAGAGUGGCACCAUGCAUGGCUUCGUGAACCAUACACUAUCCUAUUUUAAUGUCAGCGAUUUUCAAGAAGAAACUGCUCCAAAAGAUGAUAUGGAGCUUGGCUAUCCAGUGCAAAUAUGCAGAUACAAAGAUUAUAGAGAGCCUCCAUGGUCUGAAAAUAAAUAUGACAUUGCAAAAGAUUUUUGGGCUGUGCUUGCAGCAAGAUUAGCAUUCGUAAUAGUGUUUCAGAAUUUGGUUAUGUUUAUGAGUGACUUUGUUGACUGGAUUAUUCCAGACAUUCCCAAGGACAUUAGUCAGCAGAUUCACAAGGAGAAAGUUCUCAUGGUGGAAGUUUUCAUGAAAGAAGAGCAAGGAAAGCUGCAGCUGCUAGAAAACUGGAGGGACAAGGAUCAAAGGAGAGGUGAAAACUGUAACAGUCACAGUCCCAGGUCAUCAAUGAGCCAUAGAGGGAGUGUGUCUUCCUGUCACUCAUGCCAUGUUGAGGUAUAGAAGAAGACAUUGUUUUACGCUGGGGCAUUCCAUUCAUAAAGCAGCCAAUAUUUACAUGAUAGAACUUCAUACUUUAACAACCUGGUGCAUGUUUAAGCAUAUGCGACAGUUUUGCUUUUAUCUAUGUGAGAAAUAAUGUUCUUACGAACAGGGAGGACCAUAUUCUAUUUCUGACAAGUUUUCUU